AUGGCACCGCAGCCAACUGUUGGCUGGGAAAUCAUCGGCAGAAAGGGCCACUGGCAAAGACUUCAUGUCGAACCUUACAGCGACGGCGAGCAGCGGCAAUGGCCAGCAAAGCCGUAUCGCCCGGGUUCCGAGGAGCGGUACUUGAUUUCCCUGGCCAAAGCCUGGGCCCAAAAGCUAGGCGUUGAACAACCAGGCGUCGAGUACUACCUCGACAAACUUCCUGAUGGCUUUGCCCUCUUCGAAUUGCCUCGAGCAGGGGGCCAAGCACCGUACAAACGACUAUUUGGCCAUCCAAGCGGCAAGUACUAUGACUCGACCUUACGCUUCCAGCCCCAUUUCCUAUGGUUGAUGUUGGGCAUGGAACGAGACUGCGAAUGCAUCCACUGCGGACACUUCAAACAGGAAGCCCCGAUUAGGCAUCGAAUGCGACUUCCUGCCGAGAAGAAAUCUCUGGGCGUCCGGGAGAAAAGAAAACCUCAGCUGCUGGACGAGAGCGACAGUUCAUCAAGAUCAAAUUCUGUCGCCGGCCCAACUACUACUGGCACAUCCAGUCGGCCUCAACGUCAAGUCAGAACCGCUGGUGCGCCUUACGCUCAGGAUGACGAAGGCACCGAGGAUGUUUACAAGCUGCAGCUCAAGACACUAGAAGCCCACAGGGAGAGUAAGAAAGGGAUCGAGGACGAUAUCCGCGAACCCAACUCGAUCGAUUGGAGAGCAGAACACUCUUGGACGCCAUCAGACGCGCAGGAUUGGUUCGGAGUCGAUUUACUUCAACAAAGUCUCACUUCGAUUGAACAUCAGCACUCUUUCGUUCCGCGAGUCGGCGAGCUCGUUCUUUUUUGUCCUAUAUUCCUUGAUCGACACUAUCUGAUGCUGGACGAACGAACGCAAGAGUACAAGUUCUACUCGUUCGAACAGAAAUGCUUUCACGGGUUCCCGGCAUGGCGAGCCGGAGUGGUCUCUGCUAUUCCGUCGGAUACUGCGGCUGAUGGACCGGUGGAUUUCUCCGACAUUCAAGACAUGCCAAAGAAAACCAACAGUCUGAACACUGGCGGCUUUCGAAUCGAGACCUUCCCUGAUCCGAACAACGAAGAGGAUAAAACGGCGUCGAAACAGUACAAAUACCUGCCGCUGCGCAACAUACGACCACUCGGCCACUGGCAGUUGUUGCUUCGAGGCAUCCCGAGAACAAAAUGGCACCCAUCGAUCGAACACGCUCUGACCUGCAUGACCAGCAUUUCCCUCUUAGAGAAGUUUUACUUCAAGGGAGAUUGGGGAAAGGAUAAAUCAGGAAUUAAGAGACCUCAGGCCAGUAUCCGAUGCAAGGGCGUCUAUAUCGGCGCCGAGUUGAUCACAAUCGGAGAUGCGGUGCGGAUAAUGCCGGAGACGAAGGAGGCGGCGUGUACCGAUGUCUUGGUUGUCGAGUCGAUUCGUCUACAUUUGCGAGACAUCAAGCCCGAGCACUUCUUCCCAGACUCUCCUUUACUGUCAACGCAAUCUUACAUUACUCUUGUCGGUAAAGCGUACACGAUUGACAGAAAUCGCUACUUUCAGAAGAAUCCGCAUUCGCAAGCACCUGCUCACGCCAUUUUGGUCCCGCCAGAAGGAGUGAAGACGACCUUCCGACCUGUUGGCUCCGCAUUGUACGGUCCUUGGUACAACCUACACGCUCCUCAAAACCGCUACGAAAUCUCUCAUGACCAGAUACUGGGAAGACUGUAUGAAGCUGCAGCAGUACAACUCUGGACAGGCCAGUUACAGAGAAAGCCCGUCCACGGCGAGAAGUACAUCAAGCCAGUAUUGGACUACGACUUGCAAGGCAUCCAAGAAGGUCGCAUUUAUGCGACGUGUGCCGACGAACGCCUUGAAGAGUCACAUGAAGAACCAUUGCUCUGGUUCUGGGCUGACACUCGUGCUGAGGCGCUAGACUUGCAAAGUAUCAAUGGAGUUGAAGUUGGUAGGUAUGAUAAAGUUCGAGAUAAAGACACCUUGGAACUUUGGAGGACGCAUUUGAAGAUCCUCAGUGGCCAGCAGGUCUCGAUCGACAGUAUUUCCAAAAGUUUCACGAACUUUGCCUCUCUUGACUCCAUCCUGGGUCUCAAGAAGCGUGGCAGGAAAGCCGGAGCUAAAGUCAUCAACAACAAGGUGUACUACCCGGGUGAGCCGGGCUACGAUGAACCGAGUCACGACGGUGGAAGUGCAGUGCAGCUCACACCAAGCAAGCACAAGGGGAGUCAAUUGGCAGGUGCUGCUCUUGUCUCGACAGACGAAGAGGAUAGUGAUGAAGAACCGUUCAUGGAGGCUCAGGAGACGUGGGACCCACCAGUCGAACCACUAUCGGAAAGCCCUGCGCUGAUCCGGCAUGCCAUGCCAAUGCCUACGCAACAGCUGAAAAGACCGAAAACCAAAGCUGAAAUCAUGGCAAGUGCAGCUGAUGAGGAAUCAUUCUCCGACGACGAUGAGCUUUUUGCGCCGCUACCUGUAAGAGGGGGCACGGAGGAAACCGAGGGCGGCGAUUACAACCCCGGAGCUGAUGAUGACUAG